AUGGCCCAGCAUAUAUACGCCACCAGCUGCGGCCGCUGCGGGUGCGCCCGCCCCGCGAUCUCGCUACUACUGCCUGCGCCGACCCUCCUCCCUCUCGCCUCCUCCUCGUCUCGGUUGCGGCGCCGGAGGGGUCCCAUGGGCGCGAGCGACCACCUGGGCCUGGCGGCGGCGGCCAAGCCGCGGAACGGCAGCAGGCCGUGCGCGGCCGUGCUGGGCGAGCCGCUGCCGGCGCUCGACGACCCCGGCCUCCUCGUCCACCCCAGCGCCGAUUUCGCCGCCCAGGCGCUCGUCUCCUCCACACAGCAGUACCGGGAGAUGUACCAAAAGUCGAUCGACGACCCAGCUGGGUUCUGGUCCGAGAUCGCGGAUGAGUUCUACUGGAAGCAGAAGUGGAGCCCUGAUGAAGUUUGUGCCGAGAACCUCGACGUGACCAAGGGGCCGAUCAAGAUUGAAUGGUUCAAGGGGGGAAAGACCAACAUAUGCUACAAUGCGGUGGACCGCAAUGUGGAAGCUGGGAAUGGGGACAAGAUCGCCAUGUACUGGGAGGGGAAUGAGCCCAGUCAGGAUGGGAAGCUCACCUACUCUGAGCUCCUGGAAAAGGUUUGCCAGCUGUCGAAUUACUUGAAAAGCGUCGGCGUUGGAAAGGGUGAUGCCGUGGUGAUCUACCUACCAAUGUUGAUGGAGCUGCCGAUUGCAAUGCUUGCAUGUGCCCGCAUCGGUGCUGUUCACUCGGUUGUGUUUGCUGGCUUCUCAGCCGAGGCACUGGCCCAACGAGUUAUUGAUUGCAAGCCUAAGGUUGUUAUUACCUGCAAUGCUGUGAAAAGGGGGAUGAAAAUCAUCCCUCUCAAAGAUAUAGUAGAUGCAUCUCUGGACGAAAGUGCAAAGAAUGGAGUUGAUGUAGGCAUUUGCUUGACAUAUGAAAACCAGUCCGCGCUGAAUAAAGUAGACACGCGAUGGAAAACAGGAAGAGAUGUUUGGUGUCAGGAUGUUGUGCCCGAUUUCCCAACUAAAUGCGAUGUGGAAUGGGUUGAUGCAGAGGAUCCACUGUUUCUUUUGUACACAAGUGGCAGCACAGGAAAGCCAAAGGGUGUGUUGCAUACAACUGGGGGCUAUAUGGUCUACUCUGCUACAACAUUUAAGCAUGCAUUUGACUACAAGCCAACAGACAUAUACUGGUGCACUGCAGAUUGUGGCUGGAUUACUGGACAUAGUUAUGUGACAUAUGGUCCACUAUUGAAUGGAGCCACAGUUCUUGUUUUCGAAGGGGCUCCAAAUUACCCUGAUCCUGGUCGCUGUUGGGACAUUGUUGAUAAAUAUGGAGUGACAAUAUUUUAUACUGCACCAACACUUCUACGCUCACUUAUGCGUGAUGGUACUGAGUAUGUUGCUCGGUACUCUCGCAAGUCCCUCCGAGUGCUUGGAAGUGUGGGUGAGCCAAUCAACCCCACCGCAUGGAGGUGGUUCUAUGAUGUUAUUGGCGACUCACGAUGCCCUAUAUCAGAUACUUGGUGGCAGACUGAAACUGGGGGAUUCAUGAUCACUCCUUUACCUGGUGCUUGGCCUCAAAAGCUAGGAUCAGCAACAUUUCCUUUCUUCGGUGUGCAGCCAGUCAUUGUUGAUGAGAAAGGUCGGGAAAUGGAAGGAGAAUGCAGUGGAUAUCUUUGCAUAAAGAAAUCGUGGCCUGGGGCUUUCCGGACUUUAUAUGGAGAUAAAGAGAGAUAUGAGACGACAUACUUCAAACCAUUUGCUGGAUAUUAUUUCUCGGGUGAUGGCUGCAGCAGGGAUAAAGAUGGCUACCACUGGCUGACUGGAAGAGUUGAUGAUGUUAUCAAUGUGAGUGGACACCGGAUUGGGACAGCAGAAGUUGAGUCUGCUCUGGUUUCACAUCCAAAAUGUGCCGAGGCUGCUGUUGUUGGUAUUGAUCACGAGGUUAAAGGUCAGGGAAUAUAUGCUUUUGUGACUUUGGUGGAUGGUGUUCCCUACAGUGAUGAUCUACGGAAAAGUCUCGUUAUGACGGUCCGCAGUCAGAUUGGUGCGUUUGCUGCUCCUGACAAGAUCCACUGGGCACCUGGGCUCCCAAAGACACGAAGUGGGAAGAUCAUGCGAAGAAUCUUACGAAAAAUUGCAUCCAGGCAACUAGAUGAGCUUGGCGACACGAGUACUCUUGCUGACCCCGGUGUUGUGGACCAGCUGAUUGCGCUCAGUGACAGCUAA